AACGGCAUUUCGAUAAGCGUAUAUACAUACCCCUACCUGAUUUAAAGACUCGCCAACACAUGUUCAAGGUGCACCUAGGAGAUACUCCCCAUAACUUGGCUGAAAGUGAUUUUGAACAUUUGGCUCGCAAGACAGAGGGGUUUUCAGGUUUAGAUAUAUCUGUCUGUGUGAAGGAUGUUUUAUUUGAACCUGUUCGCAAAACCCAAGAUGCCAUGUUUUUCUUUAGGAAUCCUGAUGAUAUGUGGAUCCCAUGUGGACCAAAGCAACAGAGUGCAGUACAAACUACAAUGUAGGAUCUUGCUGCGAAAGGACUUGCUUCUAAGGUAUUCAAGAUGCUGCAGAUUUUGAUGAUAGUAGGACUGCAUAACUUCUUUUUCUAAAUGAGAAUUAGAGAAUAAGAGUUUUUAUG